GCACAGUAGAGAUAACAUCAGCUGGCUAUUAUCUGGACAGGGCUGCAGCUAGAAGCACUAUCACUGACUUAAAUUGCUUAGGAAUUAAGUGGAACAUAGAACUGUUUGUGUAUAUGAGGUAAAGUUAGAUUAUUUUGGUAAUGCUGUAGGGGAGAUGAGCAUUGCAACUGCAUGUUAAAUUUUAGCUAUUCAGUUAGUAGAUCAUUCACUGUUGCAAUAUACAGUACAGGAAUGGAUGUAGGGUUUUGGGCAGGAACACACUGCUUAUACAGUGAUCAUAAGAUCAUUGAGGAAUCAGAGCGAACAGAGUGUGCAUGUCUCCUGUAGAACCAGAGGUAAGAGAAAAGAAGCUUUAUGAUUAAGGGCCAUUGUUCAUACCAUUAUGAAGCUGCAGCUUGAUUGGUCAAGCACUGAGGGGAGGCAUAUCCUUGAUAAGGAAUUGUAGCUGCAGGGAAAUUUCACUUGUUUCUUUGGAUGGGAUUUUUUGGGCAUAUUUAUCAAACUGAGAGUCGGCUUCUGUUGAACUGUGGUAAGCUUGGAGGCAUAGCUUGUCAAGGUAAUUUUGGAGGCAUAGCUUGUCAAGGUAAUUUUGGAAGCAGAGCUUGUCAAGGUAAUUUUGGAGGCAGAGCUUGUCAAGGUAAUUUUGGAGGCAGAGCUUGUCAAGGUAAUUGUGGAGGCAUAGCAGCCUGUCAAGGUAAUUUUGGAGGCAUAGCUUGUCAAGGUAAUUUUGGAAGCAGAGCUUGUCAAGGUAAUUUUGGAGGCAGAGCUUGUCAAGGUAAUUUUGGAGGCAGAGCUUGUCAAGGUAAUUGUGGAGGCAUAGCAGCCUGUCAAGGUAAUUUUGGAGGCAGAGCUUGUCAAGGUAAUUUUGGAGGCAUAGCAGACUGUCAAGGUAAUUUUGGAGGCAUAGCUUGUCAAGGUAAUUUUGGAGGCAGAGCUUGUCAAGGUAAUUUUGGAGGCAUAGCAGCCUGUCAAGGUAAUUGUGGAGGCAUAGCAGCCUGUCAAGGUAAUUUUGGAGGCAUAGCAGACUGUCAAGGUAAUUGUGGAGGCAUAGCAGCCUGUCAAGGUAAUUGUGGAGGCAUAGCAGCCUGUCAAGGUAAUUGUGGAGGCAUAGCAGCCUGUCAAGGUAAUUUUGGAGGCAUAGCAGACUGUCAAGGUAAUUUUGGAGGCAUAGCUUGUCAAGGUAAUUUUGGAGGCAGAGCUUGUCAAGGUAAUUUUGGAGGCAUAGCAGCCUGUCAAGGUAAUUUUGGAGGCAUAGCAGACUGUCAAGGUAAUUGUGGAGGCAUAGCAGCCUGUCAAGGUAAUUGUGGAGGCAUAGCAGCCUGUCAAGGUAAUUGUGGAGGCAUAGCAGCCUGUCAAGGUAAUUUUGGAGGCAUAGCAGACUGUCAAGGUAAUUUUGGAGGCAUAGCUUGUCAAGGUAAUUUUGGAGGCAGAGCUUGUCAAGGUAAUUGUGGAGGCAUAGCAGCCUGUCAAGGUAAUUUUGGAGGCAUAGCAGCCUGUCAAGGUAAUUUUGGAGGCAUAGCAGACUGUCAAGGUAAUUGUGGAGGCAUAGCAGCCUGUCAAGGUAAUUGUGGAGGCAUAGCAGCCUGUCAAGGUAAUUGUGGAGGCAUAGCAGCCUGUCAAGGUAAUUUUGGAGGCAUAGCUUGUCAAGGUAAUUUUGGAGGCAUAGCUUGUCAAGAAGGGGAUCAGUGCUUCCAUGGUGUUGCUCUCUAUUAGGCAGUCAUGGAGUGAGAAGGCUUGUUACAGGGUUAGCAAUAGCCACCCUUAAUAUGGCACACCUUAAAUGAAUUCUGUUUGGCUGCCAUCAAAUAUGUGCAAAUCUGAGUCGUAUUUCAUAUAUGUCCCCCCUUGGUAUAAGGUCAGUUUUAAUGAGUAUCUGAGCCAGGUAAGACUGUGGUCCCUCAAUAUAAUGGCUACAACCAUAAAAGUUUACUUGAUAGCCUGUAUUAAGUCUAGUCAACAUGGGUGUUGCUGACCUUAAAAAAAUGAAAUUAAAAGUGAAUUGCAAGACCGUACAGUAGGCAAGCAAUAUAGAACACCUUAGGUUUUAAAGCUUAGCAAAUCCCUUGCAGCACAGCAUACCCAGUGGUACUAUACAAGCCAGUAAUGACCUUGUGAGUUUUUAGCUCAUAGCUCACAAACAAAGAUCAUGGAAUCAUUAUAAAAAUAUGCCUGUACAAUCUAAAGGUGCAUAUUCCACUUUUAAGAUGCUAUAGUUGUCACCUACGAAAAAAACUGGUGCAACCUGUCAUAUUUUUUUGUACCCACAAUGCAACAUUUGUUCCCAGAAUGCCAACAUGAUUGUGGCUUCUCAAAAUUGUGUGCCAGAUACCUAAGGCAAAAUAGUUGCACUGUAACUUGUGCCUGUGAAGGAGGGAGGUGGCAUAUGGAUGGGACAUGUGUAUACAAUAAUGUACCCUUCAGUCAUAUGUGAUUCAAGCACUUAUAAGAAGAAGAGCAAGGCUCUACGUACUGCUUUGUCAAGUAGGAAGGGCUACAGGGCUACUUUGCAGCACAGUACAUGAGUACGCAGCACUUUGCCCUUUGUACUAUAUGCACUUAAAUAGGUCCAAACAGUAUACUGGUGUAUGGGACUAGUAGUAU